AUGAUCGGACUGCACUCGCUCUGUGCGGUAAUGUUUACAGUCGGCUUCGCACUGCGGGAGUACAGUUCCUACCACUACCUCGACCAAGGAAAUGCCUUGAUCAUCUAUAUCAUGAGCCAAGUGUUCAUCAACAUCUGCCCUCCGCUUCUGGAACUCUCCAACUACCACGUCCUCGGUCGGAUGUUUUCUUACUUGCCGCACCUCGCCCCCAUCCCUCCCAGCCGAGUCCUGGGCAUCUUCGGCGCGUUGAUGGGUCUGGUUGAAGCCCUGAAUUCCCUCGGGGUAGCUUUCUCCAGUAACCCGAAAGGCAAUGAACAAACAUUAGGGAAAGCGUUGACCCUGGUUGCACUGUCGAUCCAGCUCUGCGUGAUCCUUAGCUUCCUAACGAUGGCAACGAUCUUCCACCGACGGUGCUCCAAGGCGCCGAUCCCUCGCCAGCGGGGCGUCCCAACUUUGAUGUUCACGUUGUACAUCAGCAUGGUUCUGAUCCUGAUCCGCUGCAUCUAUCGUAUGGUGGAGCAUGCAGGCAACUCCACCGUGAAUCUGGACAGCCCGAAGGAACUGCAGAGCCUGAGCCCCAUUUAUCUGUAUGAGUGGUACUUCUAUGUCUUCGAGGCCGCGCUCAUGCUCUUGAACUCGUGGCUGUGGAAUGUGUGGCAUCCGGGCCGCUUUCUCCCACAGGACUCGACUGUCUUUUUGGGAACUGAUGGCCAGACUGAGUGGGCAGACCCAUCGAAAAAACAGGCGGGUUUGGCCCAGGUCGGAUACAUGGUCAUGCAGUGGUUGACCUUUGGGCUGUGGGGGCAGUUUUUCGGGCCCCAAACGAGGGCGAACGCGGAGCUAGGCAAGGAGGAUUCAGGAGACCGGGUCUGA